UGUGGAAGAAUGCCAAAGAUAAGAAACGCGUUGGUGUGUAUCGGUCGUAGAUUUGAGGAUUUUCAUCAAUAAUUUGAUUAGAAACAUAAUUAGCUUAUGUAAUACACUAUUUAUAAAUUGGGCAAUAGUUUUAUGAAAGUUUGCUAAAUAACAAUUCGUUUGGAGUAAAUAUAUAAAAAGUAACCUUAUUUGGAAAUGGCGGUCACUAACCUAGAGACCGUAGAGAAUUUUAAAAGUUUUAUAAGUACCCCCAAACUAUCCAUAGUGCAUUUCUCUGCAGAAUGGGCGGACCAAUGUGGGCAAGUAACAGAAGUACUCAAAGAACUGUCACAGCUACCAGAAAUCCAAGGUAGCGGUAGUAGUUUUGCCUUGUGCGAUGCUGAAAAUCUCUCAGAAAUCUCAUUGAAAUACAAGGUUGACUCUGUACCAACUGUAAUACUUUUUAAAAAUGGAGACCAAGUAGACAGAGUUGAUGGUGCUGAUGCAUCUCAAAUUACUUCCAAAGUGAAAAUUCAUAGUCUUGGAAAAGUUGCGGCAAUGCAGAGUCCUUCAAAGCCACCAUUAGAGGAGAGGCUUAAGGCUUUGAUCAACAGUCACAAUAUUAUGGCAUUUAUAAAGGGAACAAGACAAGCUCCAAGAUGUGGUUUUACUAGAACUUUAAUUGAAAUUCUUAAUGGAACUGGUGUACAGUAUGGCACCUUUGACAUUUUAUCUGAUGAGGAAGUGCGUCAAGGACUGAAAACCUAUUCCGACUGGCCGACCUACCCCCAGCUUUAUGUGAAAGGAGAGCUCAUUGGUGGAUUAGAUAUAAUUAAAGAGCUUCAGGCUAGCGGAGAAUUAAAUGCUACCCUUAAUGGCUAAAAUAA